GGGAGAGAGAGACAAAGGGAGAGAGAGAAGAUAUUGGGCAUUUAGAUCAUUUAUUGGAGGGCAAAAUAGAUACUUUGAUUGCCAAGUGUUUCCGUAUACAAAUAGUAUGAUUCUAUAUUUAUAAACGAUCACUUCCAAGCUCUAACCUUUCGUCUCCCAUCCCACGCCUGACGUCUCCAAUGGCAAAGGCGGCCACCUCCAACCUGCUGCUACUCACGGCGGUGUUGCUAACUUGGGCAGGCUCCACCGCCUCCGUGAAGCGGUGCCCCGACUGCGGCACCACCCCAGUCCCUUACCCGCUCAGCACCGGCCCCGACUGCGGCGACCAGACGUACAAAAUCCGCUGCGACGCCAGCGCACUGAAGUUCGACACCCUCAACAACACCUACGCUAUCGCUUCCGUCACCGCCGAUACCCAACGGUUCGUGAUCCGGCCAGCGAACUUCAUCCCCAAUACCUGCGUAACGGAGGAUCUCUCCACCCUAGGCGUCCAGAUGAACGGCUCCCUGCCCUUCAACAUCACCAGCAGCAACACCAUCUUGUACCUCAACUGCACCAACUCAAUCCUCAACUCGCCCCUGGACUGCUCUGUGGCGAACCUCUGCCACGUCUACGUCAACGCCACGGCAGAGGCGGCGCCGUGCAGAAGCUCGCCCAUUUGCUGCACGUUCCGAGCGGGAGGGUCCUCGACUUCGUACAUGAUCCGGCUCCGGGAGGCGGGUUGUCGGGCGUACCGGAGUUUCGUGCACUUGGACGCGAAUUUGUCAGUGACCCGCUGGCCGGAGCCGGGGUUGGAGAUACAGUGGACCUCGCCGCCAGAACCGGUGUGCGUGGCUCAGGCGGAUUGUGAUUCGACGUCGACGUGUGGGCCCGACCCGGGAGGGAAUGGAUUGAGGAGGUGUUUUUGUAAUCAGGAUCUUCAUUGGGACCCGAUUGCGGGAGCGUGUGCUGAGCCUGAGAAUGUGACGUGUCAAGAUCCUGAUGGUUGUGGAUCAACCGACCGAGCCUCACUCAUUGCAGGAUUGGCGGCGGGCCUGGGCGCGGCCGCUGUUGCUGCGUCUAUCGGCUUAUUGCUGUACAAGCGCCACCGGCUCAUAAAAGAAGUGCAAGAGCGGUUGGCUCGAGAGAGGGAGGAGAUACUGAACGUCGGCGGAGGCAAGUCGGCAAAAAUAUUCAGCGGGAAGGAGAUGAAGAGAGCCACCAACAACUUCUCCAGGGACCGAAUCCUCGGCGCCGGCGGCUACGGCGAGGUCUACAGGGGAGUUCUAGGCGACGGCACGCUGAUCGCCGUGAAGUGCGCCAAGGUCGGCAACACCAAGAGCACCGAACAAGUCCUCAACGAAGUCCGCAUCCUCUGCCAGGUGAACCACCGUGGCCUGGUCCAUCUGUUGGGUUGCUGCGUGGAGCUGGAGCAACCGCUAUUGGUCUACGAGUACAUACCCAACGGAGCCCUCUCCGACAACCUCCGAGGCCCAAAUCGGCGCCGACUCUCCUGGAGCGACCGACUCAGCAUUGCCCGCGCCACCGCAGAAGGACUCGCUUACCUCCACUUCUCCGCCGUGCCGCCCAUCUACCACCGCGACGUGAAGUCGAGCAACAUCCUGCUCGACGAGAAGCUGAACGCCAAGGUUUCCGAUUUCGGACUUUCCCGACUGGCCCACACCGAUCUCAGCCACAUAUCGACCUGCGCUCAGGGGACGUUGGGUUACUUGGAUCCAGAAUACUACAGGAACUACCAGUUGACGGAUAAGAGCGACGUUUACAGCUUCGGGGUGGUGCUUUUGGAGCUGUUGACGUCGCAGAAGGCGAUAGAUUUCAACAGGGCGGCGGAUGAUGUGAACUUGGCGGUGUACGUGCAGAGGAUGGUGGGGGAAGAGAGGAUGAUGGAGGUGGUGGAUCCGAUGCUGAAGGAGGGGGCGAGUGGGUUGGAGUUGGAGACGAUGAAGGCGGUGGGGUUCCUGGCGAUGGGGUGCUUGGAGGAGCGGAGGCAGAACCGGCCGUCCAUGAAGGAGGUGGCGGAGGAGAUCGACUACAUCAUCAGCGUAGCAGGGGCCAAAGGAUGAGGAGAUUCACUAGUAUUAGUAUGGUUUUUUGAAGUGGUUUUGGUGAUCAGUUUUUUAGCUUUUAAUUAAUUAACAGUUUUUUCCAACCUUAUUAUAUCAGACCUUUACUACUAUUUGUAAUAUGAACGUAUGGCCAUUUGUAAGUGUUAGAACAGAGAGACAGAGAUGUAAAAAAAUGCUUCCUCAUUCAUGGAUCUCAGCCAAUUAAAUACCUAAAACUAAUACAUCACCUAAUUACCCUGCAC